AUGUCUUCUUUGAAAGAUGCGCAAGAGGCUAUUCAAACUGGCAGCAUUGACAAGUGGGGUCGUGUUGUGGAGAUCACCGAAAACAAGAACAGAGUCGGAUUGGGAUUUCAACUAGGGUCGUUCAACGCCAAAGUUAAAGUUAUGCAACCAUUUUUUUGUAGUGGAGGGUUCAUUCAUGGGAAUGAUCAACACUCAGCUUCCAUUAUUGAAGACAGUGAAUGUCCUGUUUACAAAGGCGUUAUUGGGGAGAAGAAAUUGGUUCCUCUUUAUGGUAAAGGAAGAUCGGUAAUUGAUCCAAGAACGGAGAUUCCUCCUCGUCCUUCCGACAUUCAUACGUUGUUUGCAAGCUUAGAGCAAAUGCGUUUGUCUCGUGAGGCUAUAGAACAACGUUUCAAGGAGUAUAUAGAUCAGUGUAUUAAGGAAUUUUGUAUGGCUCAAGAGCAGCGUAUCGCACUACUUCAGGAGGCUCAAGAGCGGCGUUUCCAGCAGCUUGAGUGUCGUAUCAAAGUGUGUCGUGCUGAUGCAGAUUACCGGAUCAAAAAGUUUCAAGCGGAGGCAGAACAACGUAUCAAGGAGUGUCGCGUAGAGGCUGACCAACGUAUCAGGGAGUGUCGCGCAGAGUAUCAUGCGGAUGCAGAACAACGUAUCAAGAAGCUUCGUGCGGAUGCAGAGCAGCGUAUCAACGAGUUUCGCGUGGAGUGUCAUGUGGAGACUGAGCAGCGCAUCAAGGAGUGUCGUGCAGAGACCGAGCAGCGCAUCAAGGAGUGUCGUGAGGCUCAAGAGCGGUGUUUCCAGCAGCUUGAGUGUCGUAUCAAAGAGUGUCGUGCUGAUGCAGAUUACCGGAUCAAAAAGUUUCGUGCGGAGGCAGAACAACGUAUCAAGGAGUGUCGCGCAGAGGCUGACCAACGUAUCAGGGAGUGUCGUGCAGAGUAUCAUGCGGAUGCAGAACAGCGUAUCAAGAAGCUUCGUGCGGAUGCAUAG